AUGGCACCCUUGGUACAGUUGCUUGCCUCUCUUCUGCUGGCACUGCCCUUGGCGACGGCUGUCCCUGCAUCGUCGCCAUCGUCAUCGCCAUCGUCGUCAUCAUCUACGCCCAAUGGGGUCGUCAGCAUGCCCCUCCGCAGGGUCGUCGGCCCUCGACCCGACGCCGUCGUUGGCGCUCGCCGUGCGGCCAUGAUGGCCCAGCCUUGGACGGCGGCGGAAAAGGCUGCACAGAAGCACGAGGCCGCGCCCGCGCCGCCGCGCCAGGCCCUCAUCGACCGCAACGAGUACUACCUGGCCGACCUGGCCAUCGGCACGCCGCCCCAGCCCGUCUCUCUGCUCGUCGACACCGGCGGCUGGGUCACGUGGGUCAAUCCGGACUGCGCGCGCGCCGUCCGCGAGGCCGAGUGCAGCGCCCUGCCGGCCUACAACCUGUCUCUGUCGAGCCCGCCGCCGACCGCCGUGCACGACCUCGACCAGAUUGUCUACUACGGCGACGUGAGCAUGGGCGCCGCGCUCGAGGGCUACGCGGACGUCUUUACCUGGGGCAAUGCGACGCACGUCCGGCAGCCCUUUGGCGUCGCCAACGAGACGGUCGGCCUGACCACGGGCAUCCUGGCGCUGGCGCCCGACGCGUCCGCGGGCUUCAACUCGGCCGUCAGCAACUUGAGCGUCGUGGCGACGCUGGCGCAGCAGGGCGUGAUUGCGUCGCGCGUCUUCAGCCUGGCCUUUGGGCGCGGGCUCGUGGCCGUCGCGCAGCACGUCGGGCACUUGGUGUUUGGCGGCGUCGACCGCAACCAGUUCCGGGGCCCCCUGGGCCGCACGCCCAUCCUGCCGCGGGACGACAGCGUCGACGGGUGGCGGUACUGGCUGGCCGUCACGGAGGUGCGGCACAACAAGCCGGGUGGACGCAACGCGACGGCCAAGUGGACCACGCCGGCUGCACAGCGCACGACGACAGCGACGACAACCACCACCACCACGACCGUCAUACCGUCGGGCCAUGCCUCGUACAUGGUUGACAGCGGCACGACGGGCAUCUACGUGCCGCGCUCCGCCUACGACGCCAUCAUGCUCGACGCCAACCUGACGCGCAAUCCGCUGCGCUUCGAAGGCUUCCCAGACGUCGACUGCAAGAUGGCCGACCUGCCGGGAUCGUUGUCGUUUACCUUUGCGCCAGUGGCCAGCGCCAACAAGUCCGCCGCCGCCAACGUCACCAACUCCUCCACCCCGGCCGCACCGGUGACCAUCGACGUGCCCUACUCGGUGCUCAUCCACCCGGAGCGCAACCUCAUCACCAACGACACGAGCAUGUGCUUCUUUGGCCUCAGCUCCGGCGGCCCCGCGGACGACGACGGCGACAUCUUCCCGAUCCUCGGCGUCGAGUUCUUCAAGGCCGCCUACGCCGUCUUCGACUGGGACAACCAAGAAGUCUCACUCGCCCAGGGCGCCAGCUGUGGCAGCGAGCCGGACUUGGUGCCGGUCGGCAAAGGGCCCAAUGCCGUGCCCAGCGUCACGGGAAACUGCAAGUAG